GCCGAGGGAGUCUUAGCCUCCCCUCGCGUGGAGGUGCCUGCGGCGCUGCGACAGGCAGGACGGCGCGGGGCUGGCCCAGCCGAGGGAGCGCCUGUUCGUGCGGCCUGAGGGGCGGGCCGGGCGGAAACCCGCGCGGGGGUGGGGUCCGGGCUACCCCGGCGCGGAGGCGGGGCGGCGGGCAAGAGCCAGGCUUCACGGAGGAGGCGAAGUUUAGGCACGGUCUGGGGAUGCACCGAACCUGUGCUUUUUCUCAGAUGAGAGAGAGUACCUUUCACUCAUUAGGGGUAGGUUCAGUGAAAGGAUGAAGUCGCGAAGGCUGUGCAGCGAGGGGACGUUGGUGCACAUCCCGGCGCUGAACAAUCCCAGGGCCCAUUCAUUCGCUCGGUGGGCGCCCAGUACACACUGCCUUGGUGAUGAUUAAGAUUUACUGGGUUUUGUUUGUGGUUUGCGAACACUAUGCGAAGCACUUUAUACAUUUUUCUCACUUAACUCAAAAUAGUCACUUAAGGUAAGUGGUGAUGUUCUCAUUUUAUGGUCUGUGGAGAAACACGUCACUUACUGGAGACCCUUCGUUAGGAGGUGGUGUAUCUGAGAUUGGAACUCAGUCUGGUGGAGCCCAGGGCCUAUGCUUCUUACAGGAGUGUUACGUGCCUCCCACAUGAGGCUGAAAGGGGAGGCAGAGUGCACUUGGAAGGACCACUUGUGCACAGCACACAAAGGGCGUGAGCACCAGGGACCUGUCAAAGGCAAGCCCUGGCUGAGGACCGAGAGGCUGCCUCUGGCCUGGGUGGCCUGAGGAGGAGAUUCCGGGAUGGCCCAAGAGAAAUGAACUGGGCAUUAAUAAGCUUGGGUUCAGCUGUCAGAGCCCAACAGAGGCUUAAGUGACGAAGGCGGGGCAGGCAGGGUUUGUUCUGGGUUGUGUCUCUGAGGUUCCCUGGGUUUUACCCUCAUGGUCACACUAGACAGAAGUGUUUCUCCCUGUUUCUUUUUUAUCAUCAGGGAGGAAAAGCCUUUUCUAGAAGCCUUUUUGAAAACUUCCCUUAACAUCUUGUUGACCAGAAGAUGGGCCUAGGGCCAAAGUAGCUGGGGCCAAGGAAAGCGGGCACAUUUCCACCUGAAUUAAGGGGUCUGUUUGCAUGGAGCAGGCUGUGGGGGCAGAGGCUGACUGUGUAUCAGAGGCCAGUUGGAAAGGUUUUCAUGGGAGUGGCACCCCGUGUCACCUGUCACCCUAAAUUAUCACCAGAUCUGUGGUUCUAAAUGUCAUAUGUAUGCUGACAGUUACCAGUGUAUACCCAGCCAGCUUCAGCCUCUCUCCUGAAAUUUGGACUUGUGGAUCAAAAUGCCCUCAUUCUCCACUUGUAGGUCUGAUAGGCAUCUUGAACAUAACAUGUACAAGACAACUUUUAAUUUUUAUCCUUCAGAUAUACUUCUACAGUCUUCCUGGGUAAUUGGAGAUUUCAUCAUCUCAGGUGUUUGGGCCAAACAUCUUGGUGUUUCAUCCCACAUCUAAUUUGUCAGCAAAUCCUAUUGACUGUACCUUUGAAAGGUAUCUGCAAUCUGACUGCUUAUCACCUGCUACCACCAUCUGGUCCAAGACACUAUCGUCUCUAGCUGUGUUAUUGCUGGGACCUUCCGCUCUGCCUGCCUCCUUGGGACAAGCUUGGACACCCAGUGAUGGCCCACAGGCAGCUUUUUCCUGGGCCCCAGGUCUUGGUUUCCUUCGAGGAAGUGGCCGUGCUCCUUUCCCAAGAGGAGUGGGGCCAUCUGGGCCCUGCUCAGAAGAGGCUCUACAGGGAUGUGAUGCUGGAAACCUAUGGGAACCUGGUCUCGCUGGGACUUCAAGGUUCCAAACCUGAUGUCAUCUCCAAGCUGGAGCAGGGGGAAGAGCCAUGGGCCCCACACUCACCAAGAAUUGAGGGGAGCUGGAUUUGGAGACGCAGGCGUGCAGGUCAUGUCUCUAGGAAGGAAAAAAAAGAAUUGACUCCAAAGCAGGAAAUUUCUGAAGAAAUGGAAUCCCAGAGAACAAAAUUAGAAGAGCAUGUAAGGAAUAUUUCUAAGGAAUCUGAUUUUGAAGAGAUGACUAAAACUGAGGGAAAGCUAAAUAAUUGCUGGGGGAAAUAUGCAGUGGAGGGACUUAAGAAGGAUUUCCCCCAGAAGAGUAAUUUCAGGCCAGUGACAGUGACACAUGUGAAAACCCCCUUGGGGGAAGGAGGUCCGAAAUUCAGUGCAGCUGAGGUAAACUGCGCUGCAGACGCAACUUCUGUCAGAAACUGCAGACUGUCUUCAGGAAAAAGUCUCCACCAGUGUGUGUCAUGUGUAGAAAACUUCCAAACGAGUAAGGACCUCACUAACCUCCAAAGUUUCUGUGUAGGAGAACAAGCCUGUCAGGCAGAUGUGUUUGUGAAAGUGCCCGGGCAGAGUUCAGUUUUCAGUGAGAACCAGAGGAUUAACAGUCCAGAAAAAGCCUUUGAAAAGUGUGCUGUGUGUGGAAUAGCUUUUGGUCAGAGCAGAGCUCUCAUUCAGCACCCGAGAAUUCACAGUGGAGAGAAGCCCUGCGGGUGUGAAGAAGGUGGCAGAGCUUCGCAUGCCCGUCCCUACGCCAUGCAGCACUGUAACACUUACACUGGAGAAAGACCCUGUGAGGCUAACGAAUGUGAGAAAGCUCUUAGCACAUGUCCGUCUUACAUUCAGCAUUGUAAAGUUCACACUGGGGUGAAGCCCCAUGAGUGCAGUCAGUGUGGAAAAACUUUUAGUCAUAGCUCUAACCUGAUCCAUCAUCAGAGAGUGCAUAGUGCAGAGAAGCCAUACAUGUGUGUGGAGUGUGGGAAAGCCUUCUGGAGACAGUCACACCUCACUCAGCAUAAGAGAACCCAUUCUGGAGAGAAACCCCAUGACUGUGCUGAGUGCGGCAAAGCCUUCAGCGCACGAUUGUCUCUCAUUCAACAUCAGAAAACUCACACAGGACAAAAGCCCUAUGAGUGUAACGAACGUGGAAAAUUCUUUAGCCUGAACCGAACCCUUAUUGUUCAUCAGAGAAUCCACACUGGAGAGAAACCCUAUAGGUGUAAUGAAUGUGGAAAAUCCUUCAGUCAGCACUCACAAGUUAUUCAACAUAAGAGGGUUCACACUGGAGAGAAGCCUUAUAUCUGCAAUGAGUGUGGGAAAUCCUUCAGUGCUCGCCUGUCCCUCAUCCAGCAUCAGAGAAUUCACACUGGAGAGAAACCUUAUGGGUGUAAUGAGUGUGGGAAAACCUUCAGUCAAAAGGGACACCUUACUCAGCAUCAGCGAAUUCACACUGGAGAGAAGCCCUAUGAGUGUAAUGAGUGUGGAAAAGCUUUCAGCCAGAGUUUUAAUCUCAUUCACCAUCAAAGGACACACAAUGGCAAGAGGCCCUAUGAAUGUAACGAGUGUGACAAAACCUUCAGUGUUCUCUCCUCCCUUGUCCAGCAUCAGAGAGUGCACAACGGAGAGAAGCCCUACGAGUGCCACAGCUGUGGGAAGGCCUUUAGUCAGGGCUCACACCUAAUCCAGCACCAGAGGAGUCACACUGGAGAGAAGCCCUAUGAGUGUGGCGAGUGUGGGAAAACCUUUGGACAGAUAUCCACCCUAAUUAAGCAUGAGAGGACACACAAUGGGGAGAAGCCCUAUGAGUGCAGCGACUGUGGGAAAGCUUUCAGUCAGAGUGCACACCUCAUCCGCCAUCGAAGAAUUCACACUGGGGAGAGCCCUUACACGUGUAGUGACUGUGGGAAGGCCUUCAACGUCCGCUCCUCCCUCAUUCAGCAUCUCAGGGUUCACACUGGCGAGAAGCCUUAUGAGUGCAGUGAGUGUGGCAAGGCCUUCAGCCAGCAUUCACAGUUUAUUCAGCAUCAGAGGGUUCACACUGGAGAGAAACCCUACAUGUGCAGUGAAUGUGAGAAAUCAUUCAGUGCACGCUUGUCCCUUAUCCAACACCAGAGAAUUCACACUGGAGAGAAGCCCUAUAAAUGCACUGAAUGUCAAAAAUCUUUCCGACAAAGCUCUCACCUCAUUCGACAUCAGAGAAUCCACAGUGGAGAGCGACCUUACAUGUGUAGUAGAUGUGGGAAAACUUACAACCAGAGAAUAUCUCUUAUUAGUCAUGAGAAAGUUCACAGACUCCACGGUGGAGAGCAAACCUGUCGGCGUGACGAGUGUGGGGAGCUCUUUGGCGCACAGGCAGCGUUCAUGCAGCACCGGAAGGUUCAUAGUGGAGAGUGACUCACUCUGUCUGAUACAUUCUUCACAGUUUUACAGCAGGAGAGUUCUACUGAUAAGAAAGCUCACUUUAUGACUUCCCUUUUGGAAAUUCAGCUCUUAAGGAAUUAAACUAUCUCCCAAUGUGCUGCUCACUGAAGGCAGGCUGCUGAAUUAUGUGGUAAAUGUUCCAAGGUAACAUGCCUUCCCUCAGACCCAGAGGAUGGCUCCCUGCUUGAGUGUUUUAAAUGAAUGCAACUUAAAUAUACUUUCCUAGAUCAUGUUUUUAUAGCACCAGA